AUGUCCUUCUUCAACUUUCGCAAGAUCUUCAAGCUGGGUGGUGAGAAGAAGAAGAAACAAUACGAGCACGUCAAGAGGGAUUUGAACCCUGAGGAGUUCUGGGAAAUCAUAGGAGAGCUGGGAGAUGGUGCUUUCGGUAAAGUGUUCAAGGCUCAGAACAAAGAAACGAAAGUACUAGCUGCUGCAAAGGUGAUUGAUACUAAAUCAGAAGAAGAACUUGAAGAUUACAUGGUUGAGAUUGAUAUUUUAGCAUCCUGUGAUCAUCCUAAUAUUGUUAAGCUCCUAGAUGCUUUCUACUAUGAAAACAAUCUGUGGAUCCUGAUUGAAUUUUGUGCAGGUGGAGCAGUAGAUGCAGUAAUGUUGGAGCUUGAAAGGCCGUUAACAGAGCCGCAGAUCAAAGUGGUGUGCAGGCAGACACUGGAAGCAUUGAACUACUUGCAUGAAAAUAAGAUCAUCCACAGAGAUCUAAAAGCUGGCAAUAUUCUUUUCACAUUAGAUGGAGACAUUAAACUAGCGGAUUUUGGAGUAUCAGCUAAAAACACAAGAACAAUACAAAGAAGAGAUUCUUUUAUCGGAACACCAUAUUGGAUGGCUCCAGAAGUAGUAAUGUGCGAGACCUCUAAAGACAGGCCUUACGAUUACAAGGCUGAUAUUUGGUCUCUGGGCAUUACUUUAAUAGAAAUGGCUCAAAUAGAGCCACCUCAUCACGAAUUAAAUCCAAUGCGAGUGCUUCUGAAAAUAGCAAAAUCUGAUCCGCCUGCAUUAGCACAGCCUUCAAAAUGGUCAUCAGAUUUUAAAGAUUUUCUGAAGAAAUGCUUGGAAAAGAAUGUAGAUGCAAGAUGGAGCGCAACUCAACUUCUGCAGCAUCCGUUUGUUACUGUAACUUCCAAUAAACCAAUAAGAGAAUUGAUUGCAGAAGCUAAGGCUGAAGUUACAGAAGAAGUCGAAGAUGGUAAAGACGAGGAUGAAGAAGAAGAAACAGAAAAUUCUCUGCAGUUACCUGCAGACAAGCGUGCAUCCUCUGACCUUAGUAUUGCCAGCUCUGAAGAGGAUAAACUUUCACAGAAUGCCUCUGUUCUGGAAUCUCUUUCUGAGAAAACAGAAAGUAAUGCAAUUGAGGACAAAGCCAGCACUGUAUUUCCGGAUGACAAAACAACUGGAGAUGAAUCUGAGGACAUUAAAUUUAGGAAAACAGCUGAUAACAUUUGUGAUACUGCUGCUGAUGGUACGAAAGUGCAGAAUGGCUCUGUGCCAACUGGUGAAGAUGACAAAGGGAAAAUAUUGUCAGCUGAGAAGACUAGAGAAAGCCUGGAAGAAGCACAUGAAGAUACGGAACCCCAGAGAGGAGGGAAAGAACUUGAUGCUGUAACAAAAUCAGAAAUAAAAGAUGAACCCAACCUAAAAAUAGAGAAAGAAAAUGACAUGGGAAAUGAACAGACAGAAGAUAAUACACCGAAAAUAGUACCUACAGCUGAAACUAGUACAGAAACUGAAGAAGCCAUUUCUAAGGAGACUCGUGAAAAAGAAGAGAAGGAAAACAGAACAGAUGUCUCGGAAAGCAAGGAAGAAAAGGUCCCUGCAGAAAAUACUACAGAGCAAAAGAAAGAUAAAGAUGAAGGUCAGAAAGAGGUAAUAGACACCACUGCAGAAACUCCACCCAAUGCUGCAGAUAAAAUGGCUGAUGAAGAAAAGGAACUAAUAAAGCAUGGAAUUGACAACGUUAAGGAGAUAGGUGAUAUUGCUGAAACACGGAUCAGUGAUGGGGAUAAAAUGCCUGAGACUGAGGAUAAGCCAGUGGAAAGUCAGGCUAAGCAGGUCCAUGAGAUAAUCAGCUCUGAGGGAACUCUAUCGGAAAGCCAAGAUAAAGUGAUCAAAGUAGACAAGAAACCGGCAGAAAGUGAAAACGAGGAUAUUUGUAAUAUAAGCAGUGUGGAGGAAACAGAGAUCGAAGACCGUGGAAAAGAUGACAUAGACCAGAAGGCAAUACAGAGCAAACCUGAGGAUAUUUUAAAUAAAGUGGUGGAUAAGCUGACUGACAUGGACCAAAAUGCAGAAGGGCACAGACCUGAGAAUAUCCAGGAAAACAAUAUCCAGGUAGACAAAGAACAUGUGGAAGUUACUUCUGAUGAAAUAACGAAGAAUAAGCUUCAAGAUACUGCUGGUGAACAAGCCGAUGACUCUGAGGUGGCUCCGGUCCCCAGUAUUAGUAUUAGCACUGAAGAAAAUGAGAGAGUCAAAACAGAUAAUCAAGACAACACUGAAACUUUACAGCAGCUGGAAUCAGAGAAUCUGAAGGAAAACGAUGCAGAUUCGGGCACUGGUUCUACAGCUGACAAUAGCAGCAUUGAUUUGAACUUGUCAAUUUCUAGUUUCCUUAGUAAAAACAAAGAGACGGGAUCGAUAUCUUUACAGGAAACUAGAAGACAGAAAAAGACUUUAAAGAAAACUCGGAAGUUUGUUGUUGAUGGAGUAGAAGUGAGCGUAACCACAUCAAAAAUAGUUACUGAAAAUGACUCGAAAAGUGAAGAAAUGCGAUUUCUACGACGUCAGGAGCUAAGAGAGCUGAGGCUUCUUCAGAAAGAGGAGCAGAGAGCCCAACAGCAACUCAGUAAUAAGCUUUUGCAGCAGCGAGAACAGAUGUACAGGCGUUUUGAACAAGAAAUGACAAGUAAAAAGCGACAAUAUGAUCAAGAAAUAGAAAAUCUGGAAAAACAGCAGAAACAGACAAUAGAGCGCUUGGAACAGGAGCACACAAAUCGGUUACGAGAUGAAGCAAAACGCAUCAAAGCAGAACAGGAGAAGGAAUUGUCCAAAUUCCAGAACAUGCUGAAGAACAAAAAAAAAGAGGUUUUGUGUGAAGUGGAGAAAGCACCAAAAGAGCUGAGAAAAGAGCUCAUGAAACGCAAGAAAGAGGAGCUUGCACAAAGCCAGCAUGCUCAGGAGCAGGAAUUUGUGCAGAAGCAGCAACAAGAACUGGAUGCAUCUCUGAAGAAAAUUAUUCAGCAGCAGAAGACAGAACUAGCCACUAUUGAACGAGAUUGUCUCAACAACAAACAGCAACUCAUGAGAGCUCGUGAAGCUGCAAUCUGGGAGCUGGAAGAGCGACAUCUACAAGAGAAGCACCAGCUCCUCAAACAGCAACUCAAAGAUCAGUACUUCAUGCAGAGACACCAGCUGCUCAAGAGGCAUGAGAAGGAGACAGAACAAAUGCAGAGAUACAAUCAACGCCUUAUCGAGGAGUUAAAGAACAAGCAAACUCAGGAAAGAGCGAGACUGCCUAAAAUCCAGCGAAGUGAAGCAAAGACUCGAAUGGCUAUGUUUAAGAAAAGUUUAAGAAUCAAUUCAUUAGCCUCUCCAGACCAAGAUCGUGAAAAAAUUAAGCAGUUUGCUGUUCAAGAAGAAAAGAGACAGAAGAAUGAGAGACUGGCUCAGCAUCAGAAACACGAGAAUCAGAUGCGGGACCUUCAGCUGCAGUGUGAGGCAAACAUCAGAGAACUGCAUCAGCUACAGAAUGAGAAAUGCCAUCUACUGGUCGAGCAUGAGACUCAGAAGCUAAAAGAGCUGGACGAAGAGCACAGCCAAGAACUGAAGGAAUGGAGAGAGAAAUUGAGACCAAGAAAAAAGACGCUGGAAGAAGAAUUUGCCAGAAAACUGCAGGAACAGGAAGUUUUCUUUAAAAUGACUGGAGAAUCUGAAUGCCUUAACCCUUCAACACAAAGCCGGAUUUCCAAAUUCUAUCCAAUCCCCAGCCUUCACUCCACUGGGUCGUAA